AUGGGCCUUGAGGUGUCCACUCACAGACUGACAUACCAAGUGCAUCUCCAGUCUGGUGGGCCACUUGGGGGAUGGACAUCCGAUACCCAUUGGGCAACAUCGCAAGGUUAUCACUGUAGGCAACAUCGCACAUGGCUCACGCGCUCACGCCUUGAUGUGUCCGGUGGCAGCUUUGCUGGGUUCAAGUGGUGCCAUCGGGCCUGGAAGUUAGGAGGAGGCAUGGGCGCCUGCAAUGAGGGGAUGCGGAAGCUCUUGAUGCCGGCGGAAGGCAGCUGCACGCGCGACUGGGAAGGCUUUGGGGAUGUGGAGGAAGGCAGUUUGCUAAUGAUCAGCCACCUGGGGAUGGCGGCAUUUUCCAUUGAAGCCACCCGAGAACUCUUCCUGAAGGGCCUAGGCGCUGCAGAUCGAGAUUUGUUGGAGAUAGGCAGCACGCAGCUCAGGCUGGAGAAGGUGGCUGGCGAGGCUGAUACUUCAACCUGGCCGGGGCAGAUGUAUAUCUGGGUGGAGAAUCUACAAAGCACCUGGCAGAACUGCAGGACCUUAGAAACUUCUUGGGGCUCCGAAGUGGUCGAGUCGGCCGUCUGCUGCCACGAUGAGCGCGCGGCUGAUGCCUUGGUUUUGCGAGAUCCGGGCACCAUCAAUGCCUUGGUGGUGAACCAGGCACCAAAAGGCUAUGCGGAUGCGCUCCGCAAGGCUCUGGGUAAGAGCGACAAGUCGAAUCUUGUAUGCCUCAUGGACUUACUUUUCCUGGUGCCGAAGGGCGUCUCUGCCCAGCUAGGCAGCUUUUACCAACGGUUUCUGUCGGCCUGCGUCACCAAGUCCAACGAUGGCUAUCGAUUGCAUUUUGGUGCAGGAGACUUCCUGCGUCAGACCUUCACCUUCCGAGAUGACGAGUCGCAAGAUGAUGCCUGGAAGGAUUCCUACUCUCACGAGGUUCACCUAGCGUUGAGUCGCUCGGUGUGCUUCUACGUGGACUCCGAAGCGAAGUUUCGCAUCGCCUUCUCCAAGUUUUCCAAAGCUGGCUUGGUGGCUGCGGACUGGAAGGCGGUCGAGAGUGCAGGGGAGUUCAGCUUCGACAAAUGCGUGGAUGCCAACGGAUCCACGUUUCUGGAGCUGAGACAUGUGAUCCGGUCACCAAAGCAUCCAGAGUGUCCCAUCAAGUCGCAGCCAGACUCUACGCUGAUGGGCGCCUGA